AUGACUGAUUCCGUCUCCACCUACUUUUGUUUUGAACUUUUGAGAGAAAUCCUACUGAAACUUCCUGUUAAAUCCUUAAUUCGAUUUACAGUUGUCUGCAAAUCAUGGCAUUCACUCAUCACUAGUUUUCCUUUCAUCUCCGCUCAUCUCGCCCAAACCCCGCGUUCCAACACCUUUCUUGUUAGGCAUUUCGAUAGAACUCGCAAAAGAGAGAACUAUUCAUUGUUUCAAGACUCUAAGAAUCGACCAUUUUCCUUAGAUUUUACAUCGGAACUACAUUUCCCUUUCAAAUCGAACCUAGGAUAUUUCAAAAUUGUUGGUAGCUGCAAUGGCAUUGUGUGUUUGUAUGACGAUGUGCUUGGUCAGUUGCGGAGUCUCGUUCUGUGGAACCCUUCGAUUCAUAAGUUUAUAAGUAUUCCUAUGCCUUUGAUUAAGCCGCAGUGGCCUCAUAUGUGUGUUCUUGGAUUUGGUGCUGAUUUGCCUGAGACUGAUGACUUUAAGUUGGUUAAACUUGUGUAUCAUAUGAAUGAUGGGUUCGUAUAUAGUGGUCCUCCUGAGAUUGAAAUUUAUUCGAUUAAUAGUGGGGUUUGGAGGAGAGUGGUAGGAGUUGAGAUUAAGAAUUGUAUGGUGAAGUUUUUGUCGCCUCAGGCUUUUGUAAAUGGAGUUGUACAUUGGAUUGCGUCUGAUGUGGUUGUGAAUGGCGGUGACCUUUGGAGUUUAGUUAAAACUUUUAGUAUAGCAGAUGAGGUGUUUGGGGAGAUUAUGUUGCCGGAUGCUUUAGUUGGUGUAACUACAACAAAUUUAUCAAUUAUGUUGUUUGAGGAAUCACUUGCUGUUGUUAAGUAUGGGAGCGAGAUAGGUGGUGAUUCAUGUGAAGUAUGGGUGAUGAAGCAGUAUGGAGUUUUGGAAUCUUGGAGUAGAUUGUAUCAUAUAAAUUUGGUUGCAGGUAUGGAGAAAGUAGUUGGAUUUAGGAACAAUGGUGAAGUUUUGUUUUCAACUAGAAGGAAUGAUCCUGUUUCUUAUGACCCAAAUAGUGGACGAAAUACGAGUCUUGGUAUUCAAGGGGUCUCUUCGUUGUUUUAUGUUCAGAAUUACAGGGAAUCACUUAUUCUGUUCAAUCGGAACAAUGCCAGUUCGGGUGGGUUCUUGGGAGGAAUGGAGGUUUAUGGACUUAAUGAGUAG